CGGUAGCCUUUUUAACCGUUUGGAACUGCGAGAUGUAAUGGAGCUUAAGUUUUCACCCAGUAAUCGGUUCGCUUACUAGAAAAGUAAACGCCUUGCGGGUUGGGAAGCUACAGCCUGCGAACGGACUUGCGGCAAAUGACUGAUUUUGAAGAUGAACUAGAUGAGUCAAUUCUAAAAUGUGAAUCCCAAUGCCCAAGUAGUUCCAGAGGAAUGUGCAUGCACAAGCAGAUGAGGAAGUUGAGAUGAAUGCUGAGCUUCAUUUUCUCUGAUCCCACAACUGCAUGCCAUCUACCUUCUGACACGACGUUACCCACAUAAAUGCAGCUUUAAAUGCAGAGAUAUAUGGUGUUCACUCGAUUUUCUCUCUUCAAAUGCGCGCCUUAAAAACUGAAGCAGUGCUCAAGACAAUAGCAAACCACCCAAAAUGGUCAUGGAGACAAAAACUCUGUUAUUUUCUACUCUUCCCCGUUUAAGUUAUGUUCUCAUUCUUGUUCUCUUCAGUCUCGUUGCUGCUGCUGCUUCUGGUAGCCUAUCUUUCAACUUUUAUGCAGCUUCAUGCCCAACUGUUGAAUUCAUAGUUGUAAACACUGUGAGAUCGGCAUCUUCUUCUGAUCCAACAAUUCCUGGGAAGCUUCUUCGCUUGGUGUUCCAUGACUGCUUUGUGGAGGGUUGUGACGCAUCUGUGCUGCUGCAAGGAAAUGGGACGGAGCAAAGUGAUCCAGCAAACAAGUCUCUUGGAGGAUUUGCAGUUAUCAAUUCAGCUAAAAGACUACUUGAAAUAUUCUGUCCAGAAACUGUUUCUUGCGCUGAUAUUUUGGCUUUGGCUGCGAGAGAUGCUGUUGCAAUUACAGGAGGACCAAUGAUCCAGAUUCCAACAGGUAGGAGAGAUGGGAGGGAAUCUUUAGUUGCAAAUGUGAGACCAAACAUUGUAGAUACAAGUUUUACAAUGGAUGAUAUGAUCAAAAUCUUCUCCUCUAAAGGAUUAUCCCUGGAAGACCUUGUUACCCUUUCAGGUGCUCAUACUAUAGGAGCAGCUCAUUGCAGCGCAUUCAGCGAUCGGUUCCAGGAAGAUUCUCAUGGAAAGCUCAAACUCAUUGACUCAUUUCUAGACACCAGUUAUGCAAGAGAGCUAAUGAGCAUGUGUCCAGCAGGAGCAAGUCCAUCAAUAACAGUUAACAAUGAUCCUGAAACAUCCUCUGCCUUUGAUAAUCAAUAUUAUAGAAAUCUGUUAGCCCAUAAAGGGCUUUUCCAAUCAGAUUCUGUUCUUUUAGAGGAUGAAAGAACAAGGGAACAAGUAAAGGAUUUCGCUAAUGAUGAAGGCAGGUUUUUUGAGAGCUGGAGACAGUCAUUUUUGAAGCUAACUAGCAUUGGAGUUAAGACAGGGGAAGAUGGUGAAAUUCGACGAUUUUGUUCAGAGAUUAAUGGGUGAAGUUUCGAAAGAAAGAAGCAAGGAAAUUCAAUUCUAUUUAAUGUCUCA